AUGGCGUCCAGUGCAAAGUUUCUACAACUCUACGAAUCCCUUCCAGUCGAUGCACAGCAUGCUCUUGUCGAGAGCUCACUUGCACCGCUCCUCGAUGUAGUUUCCAAAGAGAAAUCAAACCGCACUCUUGCAUCAGCAGCACGCAUGCACAAAAGAUAUGUCAGCAUGCCAUCCUUGAACCUGAAAGCAAAGAAGUUGGAGAUUGCUUCACUCCUGGACGAACUCGCUCGCGACCACAAGCAUUCUUACGUGAAAGAAAAGUCUCGUAAAGAAGAACUUCUCGCAGAAGUCAUCGAGAGCGUCAUCGACUGGCUCAAUGAUAUAUGGAGAGUCGUAUACGAGUACGGUACAAAUUUUUCAAAGGCCCAUGCUUGUCUUUUGUACGUGUCUCAAGCGGUCGAACAGAUCGGUAACGCACGGGUCGGGUGCAAGUGUUCCUUUAUGAACAUGUACAUCUCUGUAAAGAUCAGACGCUCCUCUGGCAAGGUCGUCAAGUCUUUUCAUUUCACUGGCGCACACAAUCUCCAGCGUGUCAUGCUUUGGAUUUGGCGCGACCUUUUCGUAGUCAUGCUUGCCGAUGGCACUAAGCGUCAGAAAUCUGCCAUUCCAGAUAUGCUCGACGAUAUUCGCGCCGAAUUCUGUUGGAACGCCCUCGAGCGAUUACUCUACGGUGGUAAAAAACCCGAUGACGACGAAGAUGACGAUGACUUUGAUUUCGAUGAUAAUAUCGAUUAUGACGAUGACUACAGUGAAGACUACACUGACACUGACGGAAACUCCGAUGGCACCGCUUGUAGCGAUGCUCGAUGUCCCUGUGGUUUCCACGCAUGUCAUUGGUCUAGCAAGUUCAACGACGCUCGCAUCUCCCUGCGCAAUCUCAUCCGCACGUCUCUCAUUUCUCUCUUUGCUACCAUGCCCAGUCCAAUUCUUUUUGCAAGUAUCGGCGACAUAUCUGAAGCGGAUGGAACGGACGAAGAUGAUCUUUGCGAAGAGCUCCUCCCUACACUCAUGCGUAUCGCCACUUGCAGCCCCGAGAAUUUUGCCACAGCACUGCAUAUAUGUGCAUUGCAUUCACAUACAGAUAAUAUCAAUACCCUACUCGCCAGUCACUCUCACCUUCUGCGUCCCCGCGACGCGCCCGCACACCAGCUUGCAACCAUAAUACUUGCCACACAAUCAUCCUACCAACUCAAUGCACUACGUAUCGUCGAGAAAGAGCUGCUUGACACUGUGCACGCCAUCCGCGCCGCCGUACGGAGCGCAUUUUGUCAUAUCGAUGUUCAGGCCAAUAAGACGGAGCUGACCGAGAUCAUGGCAUUACGUCUGGAGGCACUGGGGCGACGAGGGCGGAUUGACCGCUGGGUGGGUGCUGUAGUAUCGCCUACGAGUGAAACUGCCCAUCCGAUGGCACUGGCGGCGCUCAUGAUGGGGCUUCCUCUCCCUCCUGGAAUGGAAGGGGCUAUGGACGAUGCCGACCCACUCGGGUACAUCGACAUAGAUAUCCAUGAUCCGGAUCUGGAUGACCUGCGGGAAGAUUUCCGUCCAAACCUAAAGGCGCGCCUCGAGGGUUGGAUAGAAGCAGGCCGGACAAUCAAGGGAGGGAUGUCGGUAUUGCUGAAGAUGUAUGCUGUGAUCAUCGAGAUAAUGCCAUUCUUGGGUGCGCCAGAUAUAGUCAAUGAGAUGACUGGACGGCUCUCUGAGAAUCCAAGUAAAGUCUUCCUCUGCGACGCCCUUGAUGCGCUGUGGGAUUUCUGCAGACAGCAGAGGCGCAAGUUUGCAAGGCCAAAGAACAAGCAAAAGCCACCAUAUGCCCCCAAUACUUCCCAACCAUCGAGCCAAUCAAGUAAUCUAUCGAGUAAUUCUGGGGGCGUAACGUUUAUCGCCAUAAAUAGCUCUCAGUCCUGUCCGGGGGGAGUGGUAGAUGAUGUCGAUUGA